AUGAUGGUGGGAGAUUGUAUUGGACCAGAGGAGGACUUUGAGGAGAUGCCGGCAAUAAAGAGGAUCCCAUUGACUAUUUGCCUGUGGAUGGAUAGAUGUGUGGAAAUGAUGCCGGAAAUUGUCAGGAAAGCAGCAUGCAGUGGAUACAGCUUGCUUUCGAUGGGGCAUUGCCUAUUCUGUGCAUCUGUUCCUUUUGUGUAUGUUUAUCAGAGAGAGAUGGCAAGUGCAGGGCAUUCGAUGCUUAGUGCAAUUGAAUGA